AAACUUUGUCCACUUUCUCUCGUGGUUUAUUAGGAUCAGUUCCGAAUGAAUCUGUACAUUGUGUGUCAUGUCAAUCUGCAAAGCAACCAGCUUUAUCUUUUUCAAGUAGUCAUUCUCAUUCUACUACUCCUUUUGAUCUCGUGCAUUCUGAUGUUUGGGGUCCAUCUCCUACACCCACCAUGGGGGGUUCCAGAGCGAUUUUGGGGUGAAGCUACUCUUACAGUUGUUUAUCUUAUUAAUCGCAUUCCAUCAUCAGUCCUUAAUAACUAGUCUCCAUAUGAGCAUCUGCAUGGUAUUCUUCCUACUUAUAAUCUUCUUAAGGUUUUUGGUUGUGCAUGUUUUGUUCUUCUUCCACCUUAUGAACAUAAUAAGUUAGAACCUAGAGCUCGAUUAUGUUGUUUUUUGGGUUAUGGGAUUACACAAAAAGGAUAUCGUUGUUGGGAUCUUGUGUCACAAAAACUCUGAGUUUCACAUCAUGUUGUCUUUUGGGAACACACUAUGUUCUCAUCAUUGUCAAACUUCAAAGUGUCAUCUUCUCAUCAACCUCCAUUUUUUACUAAUCCUUCUAUUGAGCUGUUUCCUAGCGAUUCUAAUGUAGGUACAUCUGAUGAGCUCUACAAUGCCUCACCACAUGCUUCAACUAGUUUUGUAGAACAUGAUCUGCCUGCUGGUAAUGCAUUAGAUAAUUUUGAGCCUUCUUCUACUUCCUCAUCUGUAUCACUUGUUGAUUCUACAAAUGAGCUUGUUGUCCCAUCCUCAAGUCAUCCUACUCGGGUAAGAAAUCCUCCAAACUACCUUCGUGAUUAUCAUUGUUUUCCUACUAUUACUUCGUUAUAUGAGCCUCAAUCCUAUCAAGAGGCCUCUUCUAACCCUCUUUGGCAACAAGUUAUGCAAGAUGAAUUACAAGCUCUUGAGAACACUUGUACAUGGGAUUUAGUCGAUGUCCCUACUAAAAAAUCUCUAAUAGGGUGUAAAUGGGUGUACAAUAUCAAAACAAGAUCUAAUGGUUCUAUGGAGCGUUAUAAGGCACGCUUGGUUGCCAAGGGUUUUACACAGGAGUAUGGAAUCGACUAUGAGGAGACAUUUGCUCUAGUUGCUUGUCUUACAUCUGUGCGCAGUUUGCUUGCUGUCGCUGCUAUGCGGAGAUGGAAAUUGUUUCAGAUGGAUGUGAAAAAUGCUUUUCUUAAUGGUGACUUAGAAGAAGAAGUUUAUAUGAAACCACCUCCUGGGCUCAACCAUCCUCCAAACAAGGUAUGUCGAUUGCGCUAUGCAUUAUACGGGUUGAAGCAAUCCCCUCGAGCCUGGUAUGCAAAGUUUAGUGCUACUGUGAGUGAGUUUGGUUUUACUUCCAUUCCACAUGAUACAACUUUGUUCAUUCGUAAGACUGCUCGAGGUAUGGUUCUUUUACUUCUUUAUGUUGAUGUUCUUUUGCUUCUUUAUGUUGAUGACAUGAUUAUUAUUGGAGAUGAUGUCGCAGGUGUUGAGAAGUUAAAACAAUCUCUCAGUCAGAAAUUUGAGAUGAAAGAUCUUGGUUUUCUGAGCUAUUUUUUGGGGCUUGAAGUGACUUCUUCAAAUGAUGGUUACCUACUUUCUCAAGUAAAGUAUGUCUCCGAUCUUGUUUCUAAAGCUGAACUCAAUGAUGGUAAGAGUGUUUCUACACCUCUUGAACCUCAUGUCAAGCUUACACCUAUGGAUGGCUCUUCACUUUCUGAUCCUACUCGUUAUCAGCAAUUGGUUAGUAGUUUGGUUUAUCUUACUACGACAUGCCCUGAUAUAGCAUAUGCAGUUCACAUUGUUAGUCAAUUUAUGGCUGCUCCUCACUCUACUCAUUAUGCAGUAGUACUUCGCAUUAUUCGCUAUGUUAAGGGAACAUUAUUUCAUGGACUCCAUUUUUUUGCCAACUCCUCCCCUGUGCUUCGCACUUACUUUGAUGCUGAUUGGGCCAGUGAUCCUUCUGAUCGUAGAUCUACCACUGGUUAUUAUCUUUUCCUUGGUAAUUCUCUUAUCUCUUGGCGGAGUAAGAAACAAGCUAUUCCAUCUCGCUCUAGUACUGAAGCUAAGUAUAGAGCUCUCGGGGAUACCACAUCAGAACUUCUUUCAUUGCGGUGGCUUCUUGAAGAUAUGUGCAUUCCUCAACCUUCUACUGAUUUAUAUUGUGAUAAUCAAAGUGCUAUGCAGAUUGCUCAUAAUGAUAUCUUUCAUGAACGCACUAAACACAUUGAGGUUGAUUGUCACUUUAUUCACCAUCAAGUUGCACAAGGAACUGUUCAUUUGGUUUUCGUUGGCUCCACUGAUCAACCAGCAGAUCUCUUUACCAACACUCAUUUUCUUGGAUGCUUUCAUACUCUUCUUUCCAAACUCAAGUUGGUUUCACCAUAGCCACCUUGAGUUUGAGGGGGAGAUGUUAAGAUGUGAGUUUUUUUUUUUCCCCCGAAAUUGUACCACAAUCUGCAUUCUAAUUUGAAGGAACUUACUCCAGAUAUCAAGUUUCCCUCCAGCUACUGGCACGUAUAUCAGUAUAUAUGAUAUUGAAGCUGCAAACCUGCAGGCUCUUAUUCACCAAACUGAUUGGCAUUGUGUGACAUGAAGCACUUACGAUUGCAUCCUAAAGAACUUAGCUGACUGAAGUUCAUCAAUUAGCAGUUGAAGGGACUCUGCUGAAGUAGAGGCUGAGCAAAAAAUGCUUGAGGAAGUUUGUUUGGACUUUGGAGAUUGAUUUUGCAUUUUGUUUUGUAAUUUUUAUGUGACUGUUUAAGUGUUGUUUCUGCAUAACAAACUAAUUUUGAAAAG